AUUUUAUGGAUCCAAGAUCAUAGAACAAUUCUGAUAAUUAAAUACAUUGUGAUGGAGACGAGGACCAACGUUCUGGAGGAGAUGAAAACGUAUCAAUCUAUUGAUUUUUAGGACAAACUCUAAAAUUUUAAACACAAUAUCAACGAAGGAGGUGAGGUAAUACAUGAGAAUGUCAAAAGAAUUGAUAUGAAAAAAACACUUAACGAUACUACUUUUAUUUUGACUUGCUUAAAAAACCAUUUUGUAUUUUACAAUUUAAGUGAAGCUGAACUGUAACUUUAUAUGAUUUAUAUUUUCUAGAGAGAACAUUGUUAACAAAAUGUUUUAUUGCGAAGCUGCAGCAGGAACCUAUAUUUUUAAAUAAUAAGACCAUGCAACUUGUUUUUUUAUUUUAUAAAGAGGAAGUUUGGAAGUAAUUGUAAAUGAAAAAGUAAACUUAUGAAUUUGAAAAAAUUAGGCAAAAAGAGAAUUAAAGACUGGAGAUGGAUUCGGAGAGUUAGCCCUCUUAUAUAAUGCUCCUCGUUCUGCAUCUGUAAAGUGUUUUGAGAACUGUAAUCUUUGGGGAAUUGAUAGAAACACCUUUAGAAGGGCUGUCGAGGAAAUGAUCACAAAAGAAUACGAAGAAAAUAGAAAAUUCAUGGAAGUUGUUAGAUUUUUUCGUAAAUCAAUCCUUAUAUAUGAUUAGACAAUUUGACCAAUGAAUAGAAGGAUGCAAUUGCGGCUGUUUUAAUUGUCUAAAAGUUCUAUAAGAAUCAAAUCAUUGUAAAUGAAGGAGAUCCAGGAUCAUCAUUCUAUAUAAUUAAAGAAGUAUGAAUUAAACUUAAUCACGUUUUUUAGGGAACCGUUUCCGUAUUGAAGGGUAACAAAGAAGUAAGAAAAUUGUAUAAAGGUGAUUCAUUUGGUGAAUAAGCCUUAUAUUAUAAUACAGUCAGAUAAAUGACUGUCAGAGCUGAAGAUGAUGUGAAGUGUUUGGCUCUGGGAAGAGAUUCCCUUACAAAAAUACUUGGUGAUUAGGUUCACGUCGUUACUUUUAGAAAUCUUUAAAAGUGGGCUUUUGAAAAGAAUGCUUUGUUGAGCAAAUUAACAAAAGCUUAAAUAGACAAGGUGUUGGAUGUGAUGAAAAUCUCUUCCUGUAAAGCUGGAGAUGUUAUUUUGAAAAAGGGAACAUAAGCCAACUAAAAAAUUAUCGUUAUUAUUGAAGGCAGUUUAAAAAAGAGCAAAUCUGGUAUUACAGUGGCCACAAAAGCUUAAGCAUGGGGUGAGGAAUAUUUCUUAUAGACAAAUAAAGCAAAAAUGUAAAGUGAUUUAUUAUUCAAAAUAUAGACUUGACGAUGAUAUUGUCAUGGAAACGGAUGGAGUUAUAGCUGAGAUCACUGCAGAUAAUUUUAUUGAUUGUAUAUAAGGAGAAUUGGAAGAGGUGAUUAAAAAAAAUGAAAAAAUCUUAGAGAAGAAGUUAUAAAAAUCUGAUCAAACCAAAAAGAAAGAAGCUUAAAAUAUCAAGAAAUCUGAAUUGCUUCAUAUUAAAACUAUUGCAUAUGGUCAAUUCGGUCCAGUUUAUUUAGUUAAAGCAAAAUAUAAUCAAUAAUUAUAUGUUUUGAAGGCUUUCAAUAAGAAUCAAAUUAAUGAAUAAACUUUAGAAAAGUAAUAUUUAAUGUUAUUUUUAUGUACCUGCAAUAAGAGAAACAAGUGCUGGAAAUAGUAAAUUUCCCGUUUAUUAUAUCCUUCAUGAAAACUUUCAAAGACACCUUGGAUGUUUAUUUUCUUUUAGAAUA